AUUACCCACAAGUCCCCUCCCCGCGAAAUACAUCGCUGCCACGAUAUACUGCCCUUGUCGCUCGAUACGAACGCAGUCUGAUAUCACCCACGGAAGCACAUCAAAAUGUCGUCAAUGCGCAAUGCCGUUCAACGGCGAAAUCACAAAGAACGAGGACAGCCCGAGGAGCGCCAGCGUUUAGGUCUACUUGAAAAGCACAAAGACUAUUCUGCACGAGCACGCGACUUCAACGAGAAAAAGAGGAAGCUCAAAGCCCUACGACAAAAAGUCCUGGACAAGAAUCCUGAUGAGUUUUAUUAUGGGAUGAUGUCCCGGAAGGGACCUUCAGCCACUGGCAAGAAUCGGACUGGAACAGUAAAUGGCGACCGCGGAAAUGAAGUGCUGAGCCAGGAAGCGGUCAGACUGUAUAAGACACAAGAUCUAGGCUACGUACGGACAAUGCGGAACAAGGCAACUAAGGAAGUGGAAGCACUCGAGAGAAUUACAAAGGGUAUCAAGGGCGAGGGAAAGAAGAUCGUCUUCGUAGAUGAUGAAGAGGAACAGGAGAGAGUCGCCGAGGAUGCGAAUAUGGAGGACGACUCUGCAGACGAAGAACUCUCUACCGAAGAACAGGAUCGAAGAACAAUGCAGCACAGGGAGCUCGAGAAAGCGGAGGCGAAGCUCACUAUUGCGCGCGAGCGAUUGAUAGCCUUGACGGACGCAGAGCAAGCUCUAGAAAUACAGCGAGCGAAGAUGGCCAAGUCACCAACAGUCGGGGGAAUUAAUAAGCAGGGAGUCAAGUAUAAAGUGCGGGAACGCAAGAGAUAAAUGUUAAAUUGGCCAUCAGGCAUGUCGAAAGUUGCAUGCUGAGUUGUCCUCGACCAUUUGCUUCGAACGCCGAACAGAUCUCUUUCU